CAUAUUAUACCUUGUAUGUGAUUAUUUGGAACACAAUGGGUGAGUAUAUUAUAAUUAAAAUAUAUUCCUAGUUCCAAUUCUUUUGAAUAGUGUCAGUGACCAAUCGAAAUAGAAAUCAGUGGACAUCAUGGAGAGAGAAGGCGAAACCAAAUUUGAAAAUUCGACAUCGGUAUAUAGACGUUAGCGAUGUAUUAUUCCGGGAAGCUCGUCUAUCUCCCGAACAUCGGGUUUGCGACAACAUCGAUUUGGAAAUUAUCGUUGCAGAGUAUGAAAAUUAUUACAAGAUGAAAUUUCAAAAAUAUCCCAUAUUGUGUAAGAAAAUAACUGGAAGGGAAAUGACGAGGGAAGUGACAAAUGCAAGCAAAACUGUUUGUAGAAGUAUUGAGACAAAAGCCAAAUCUGUUAGUAAACAAGCGAGAAGUGAGCCUGUGAAAGAGACGAAUCUACAGCAGAAGAUAACUGAUGACAAUACGAAUCAUAUUAAUCUCGCAAUGACAGUGACGUCAAUAUUCCCCAAUGAGAGUGAUGGACGUUCAUCAGAAGAGCUAUUUAACGUCCCAAUGGAACAAUCCAUGCAAUCGAAGAUAUUGAAAUGCAUUGAAAAGUUUUAUUCAGAUAAUCCGGAAUUACGAAAGAUUGCUGAGGACAUCUCAUGCAGAAGACGCCAUUUUAUCUUUGUAUCGUCACAGGAGAUCAUAGUAAACAAAUUAAAUGUACAUUGGGAUGACGUUAUAGGCCUAGAGGAAUGUAAAACCGCUGUUAAGGAGGCCGUUGUGUAUCCCCUUAAGUAUCAUAUCUUUUUUGAUGGCCCGUUUUCCCCCUGGAAAGGUAUUUUGCUGUACGGCCCACCUGGUACAGGGAAAACGAAGUUAGCGAAGGCAGUCGCGACAGAAUGCCAUUGCACCUUUUUUAACAUAACUGCCAGCUCAUUGGUCAGCAAAUGGAGAGGCGAUUCCGAGAAGUAUAUACGUGUAAGUUGCUUUGUCUAUGUUUUAUUUGAACUUGCCUAUAGUCAUUCGCCUACAAUUAUUUUUAUCGACGAGAUUGACUGGAUCGCCACAAAUAAAGGAGACUGUAUAUUGUCUGAACCUGCAAAGAGAUUCAGAUCAGAACUUCUUUCUAGAUUGGAUGGAUUAGUGUCUAAUGAGAAUUCUAAUGUAGUUCUUCUGGCUACAACUAAUUCCCCUUGGGGCAUUGAUGCAGCUUUACUCAGGCGUCUCGAAAAGCAAAUAUACGUAUCAUUACCCAAUGAAGUUGCUCGACUUGGUAUAUUCAAAUUAUACCUUAGCAACCACUUAUUAGAAAAUACAGAUAUUGUAAACCACAUAGUAAAAUGUACUGAAAGAUAUUCUUGUGCAGAUAUAAAAUUGCUUUGUAAGCAAGCGUGGCUACCAGAAAUAAGCCCGAUAUGGAGGAGACUUGAAAAGAAAGAAACACCUGUUACCACUUUGAAAUAUGAAUUAAAAAGUUAUGAAAUAUUAGCAAAAUUGUUACAAAAAAUGUCACCUACAGUUAUGCAAAUAGAUAAAUAUGAUACGUGGAACAAAUAAAUACGCAAUCGUAAGGACAGAUAUUGAAAAAUAUAAAUAAAUGGAUUAUCGUUCGAGAAAUCA